AUGAUUGAGCGUUGUGAAGGUCUCGCGAGUUUGUUUGAACAGCCGCCAACCGCUUUCCCCCCUCCCCAGACUGGACAACUUGGCGGCUGGUGUCCUCUGGCCGGUGCCUUCCGCCAAUCAGAGGAGGCGGUUAGCGGGGCCCCUUCUGAUUGGUCCUUUAGGCCUGGAUUUUGUCUGGUUUUCGUCUGCCCUCUCCUCGGCCAGUCAACGCGUGCCUCGGUUUCGCCAGCUCCGUCCUUCCGACGGAUGCGGAGGCGGGUGGUGGAGGCGCAGGAUUGUCGUCGUCUGAUUGGCAGUUGGCCUCGGACUAGAGUGACGGGCCAAAAAUUCGCCCCCGCCUAUCAAUGA